AUGGACGUUGAUAGAGGAGCUCGGCAAUACAAGAACGUCUAUCUAACAACUGCACGAGUUGAGGUUCCCAGAAUGAAGCAGCUGCGAGAUUUGGUGGAGGAGAGCAAAAUGCAACGCUGGGCUGUGGUUAUACUCAUCUUGGUUCUCGUUGCUCUGGCCUAUAGGCAGACCAUCGUCACAACCUAUAUCGACCAUGACAGAGCUAUUGACGAAGCCAACCACAAAGGUCAUGCACCAGCCCUAAUACAGGUCGAGACAUUAGACCCUCGUCAUCUACCCAGAACCUCCAAAACCACACCAGAUCACGCAGCCGCUGGGAAAAGAUUGAUAUUCGUUGGUGAUAUACACGGUUGUAUGGAAGAACUACAGGCUCUGCUGAGUAAAGUCAACUAUAAACAGGACACCGAUCACAUCAUCGCUCUUGGAGACAUGAUAAACAAAGGUCCGGAUUCAAAAGGUGUCGUCAAUUUCCUCAUGGACCAAGGUGCCUCUGCCGUCAGAGGAAACCACGAGGACAGUGUCCUUCUCGCCGCGAACAAUCUACCACCCAUACCACCCAUACCACCCUCCCUUGCGAACACAGCCAUCGAAGACUCGCCCAAGAUCAAGCUUGCUAGAACUUUUACACAAUCUCAAAUACACUGGUUGAACACGUGCCCGGUCAUUCUUCGAGUCGGCGACCUCGAUCAUCACGGUGAGAUUGUUGCUGUGCACGGCGGUCUUGUUCCUGGCAUACGCUUGGAGAAGCAGAAUCCAAAUUCCGUCAUGAAUAUGAGGACCAUCAACCCCAACUCUCGCAAACCAUCUGCAGAACAUGUGCUGAAAGGCUCUAUACCCUGGGCAGAGUAUUGGGACAAGACUCAGAAGUCGUUGUUACAUCGCAAAUUCUUCUUCGGUCGCAAAAAGAAACCUACCACAGUCGUGUUUGGCCACGAUGCAAGAAAACGUCUCCAGAUUCUUACCUAUGCAAAAGGUCUGGACACAAGUUGUGUGAAAGGGAAUCAGCUAACUGCCUGGGUGGUCAGCGAUUUUGGCAAGGAUACCAUUGUUCAAGUACAAUGUAAAGGAUAUGUCUGA